GCCGUUGGGCGGGGCCCGGGAGAUGCAGGGCCUCGGGGCGGAGGCGCCGGUUCCGCCUGGAAGCCAUCGUCAUGGUGUCCCCCGUGGUGUACCUGGUGGCGGCGGCUCUGCUCGUCGGCCUUAUCUUUUUCCUUACUCGCAGCCGGGGCCGGACGACAGCAGCUGGCCAGGAACCAUUGCACAAUGAGGAGCAGCCGGUAGUAACAGGCUCAGUGGCCCAGCCUCGGCCCCUGGAACCUGAGGAGCAGAGAGUCGGGGGCAGGCCCCGGCGCCGGAGAGACCUGGGCAGUCGCCUGCAGGCCCAGCGUCGAGCCCAGCGUGUCGCCUGGGCAGAAGUGGAUGAGAAUGAGGAGGAGGCCAUCAUUCCAGCCCGGGAGGAAGAAGGUAUCGAGAAGCCGGUGGAAAGUCACCUGUCAGGGAAAAUUGGAGCCAAGAAACUACGGAAGCUAGAGGAGAAGCAGGCGCGAAAAGCCCAGCGUGAGGCAGAGGAGGCUGAGCGUGAGGAGCGGAAACGCCUCGAGUCCCAGCGGGAGGCAGAGUGGAAGAAAGAGGAGGAGCGGCUUCGCCUGGAGGAGGAACAAAAGGAGGAGGAAGAGAGGAAAGCCCGGGAGGAGCAGGCCCAGCGGGAGCAUGAGGAGUACCUGAAACUGAAGGAAGCCUUCGUGGUGGAGGAGGAAGGUGUGGGCGAGACCAUGACUGAGGAACAGUCCCACAGCUUCCUGACUGAGUUCAUCAACUACAUUAAGCAGUCCAAGGUUGUGCUCUUGGAAGACCUGGCUUCCCAGGUGGGCCUGAGGACUCAGGAUACCAUAAACCGCAUCCAGGACCUGCUGGCUGAGGGAACUCUGACAGGUGUGAUUGACGACCGGGGCAAGUUCAUCUACAUAACCCCCGAGGAACUGGCUGCCGUGGCUAACUUCAUCCGACAGCGGGGCCGGGUGUCCAUCACUGAGCUUGCCCAGGCCAGCAACUCCCUCAUCGCCUGGGGCCGGGAGCCCCCUGUCCAGUCCCCAGCCUGACCUAGCCCUUGCCUUUUGGACUGGGAGCUAGCACAGCCUACCUGGCUGUACAACUUGAACCCUCCCCUCCACCCUCGGGGAGAGAUGGAAUGUGGCCAGGCAGUUAUAGAUUAAAGGCCUGUGAGCACUGCUGAGCUUGGUGUGGCUUGGUGUGACAGAAGGCCUGGCCUGGGAUCCCAGGUGAGCAAGCGAAGUCUAGUCCUGAGAACAAAUCUUGGGGGUGAAUGGGAGGAGCCUGUGGAGGCAGAUGAAAGUUCCAUUCUUACCAUGCAUUCAUUUGUUGAAAAAGAAUAUUGAGCGUU